GAGCAGAGCUCUAAGUUAGAAGUCCUCCAUCAAUGAGCUGCGAGGCUGUAAACAAAUAUUUGCUCGUUUCACUGAAAAAGAAAAUCCUAUCCUUGUUAAAAGAGGUCAGGGCAGAGAAACAAGAGAAUGAAUAAAGACACUGAUAAAAGCGUAAAGAAACAGUCCAGGACGCAGCAGCAGGCUUUGAUCCAGAAGAAGAAGAAGGAUCUGAUCGGUAAAGAUGAAUUAAGCUGCUCUUUUCCACAGUCUGGUCAGAUGGAGAGCAAGGGAGACAUGAAAGCAGCCGGGCUACAGAAAAAGCAAGCUGGGAAAGCAGGAGUCCCCAUGGAGAGCCCCGGGAGCCCCGGCGCGCACAGGAAACUGUCGGACGCCAGCAAUGCCUCAGAAGACCUGAGCAAAGACUCUGGCUGCCCGUCAGGAAAGCUCUCCUCCACGGACAGCAGCUCAGAGAUCUCCGACUCCUCUUCAGAGAGCAAUAAGCGCGAUUCUCCCAGCAGCGAUAACGACUUAAGCUGGAUCGACGGCAGAGCUUAUUUGAGCCCGGAUAGCGAAGGGACGCGUCAGGGCGCAACGUGCGCCAAACCUGCAGCAGAUACCUGCGCGCGCCAGCCGGAUGCGGCUGCAGCAGCGGGGCUGCGUGGAUCAGCGGGGGGCUUCAUGGAUCUAAUGAUGGGGGAGACAGCCGAGGACCUGGUCAGGGAGGUGGAAGACCUGAGGUCAGAGAACGAGUAUUUGAAAGAUGAAGUGGAGGAGCUCCGGUGCGAGAUGUUGGAGAUGCGGGACAUGUUCCAGGAGGAAGAGGUGUACCAGCUACAGGAGCUGCGGCUGCAACUUGAACAGGCCAAGAAGACUUGCCGUAUCCUUCAGUACCGUCUCCGUAAGGCUGAGCGGCGGAGCAUCCGGGUGGCCCAGACGGGGCAGGUGGACGGGGAGCUGGUCAGGAGCCUUGAGCACGACAUAAAGGUUGCAAAAAGCGUCUCCCUCCGCCUUUACAAUGAGCUGGAGACGGUGCAGAAGAAAAACUCCCAGCUGGAGUGGGAAAAUGAGGUGCUGCGGGAGAAGACUCAGGAGCUGGAAGUGGCCAAGCAGGUCCUACAGAGUGAGAUGGAGAAAGCCAGAGAGAGCACUUUGAAGAAGAGGAGUAUCAGAUCGACAGUCAGUAAAGCAGAGAAGAGGCUUUCUCAGCAGAUGGAGGAUGACAGCACUGAUCUGAAAUGUCAGCUCCACUUUGCCAAAGAAGAGCUGACUCUCAUGUGCAAGAAGCUGACCAAGCUGGUGUCAGAGAGUGAGGCCAUGCAUGAGGAACUGUCCAGAUAUCGGUCAAGGUACGGAGAUGUAGAAGCCGCUCAGCUGCCUGAAGGCAUGCAAAGCUCUGCCCAUACAAGGGAGGCAGAGGUCAAAGUUCAUUUGAAACUUGUGGAAGAAGAGGCAACGCUCCUGAGUCGGCGCAUCGUCGAGCUGGAGGUGGAGAACCGCGGUUUGCGAGCGGAGAUGUGUGACCUUAGGGAGAGAAAAGGAGGAGGUGAGGAAGAUGGUUCGGAUGAAAGUCCGUCACUGACAGCAACGGUAAAGGAUGGAGAAAUGGGACCAAUGACGUACCUGCAGCAUCAGGGAGAGGGACUAGAGGAAAGACAAGGGGACUCUGAGAGACAUUUGCACUGCAGCCCCUUACAGACGGAGAAGAGGUUGAGUGAAGGUCGAGAAGGUCCGGUGGGCGGCGAGCAGGACCCUUCAGAAAGCCAGGAGAGAGAGGAUGAGAGAAAACACAACAGCACACUUAAAGAGAAGACUAUCAAAGACUAUGAAUUCCUUGUUGCUCUCAGAGAUCACGCCUGCAUUUUAUCUUCAGCCAUUCAACUUCUGUCAGUGCAACCCAGAAACGGAAACAGCUCUCCUCCCUCAUUUGUUCUUACACCUGAGAUGGAGAUAAGCCCCAACUUAAAGGCCCAGGGGUCUUUAAUCGAGGCAGUGGAGCUUCUGCAGGCCAUGCUAGUCUCUUUCAUUGAGAAGAUGGAGACUCUUCUGAGGGAUGAUGAUGAAUGCAAGGACUCUGUUAAAAAGGAGGGACUCGCUUACGAUUUCUCCUCCUUCCUCUGUGCAAACCAUGGACGUCUCAAAGAGUUGCAUGGAGAAGAACUCUGCACCAUGCGGGUUAAACCGAAAACAAAACAGACGAGUCCAGCGGAAGUCAUGGAUAGCUGGAAGGAUCCAAACCUGCAGCUGUCGUUACAGAUUCUAUGGAUCCUACAUCAGUGGUGCAACGCUAAAGGAACAAACCCCGAAGGAAAGGAGAGUAGAGAUAAAACCCUGUCUGUGCUACUUGGGUUGCUUCAGGACCUGAGUGCAGAGCUUCGAGAGGACAGCAAGGCGAAGGCGGCUCCCUGCGAAGAGGCAGCUGAGCUUUCUGCCAGUGCUGUUUUCCACAAUCGGCAGGCAGCUGAAACUAACAGAAUCUGUGACCCCAAAGAACAAAGACUUAGACGGCUGCUCCCACCUCACGGCUGUCAAAGGAAGAACUGGUGUUACCUGAACCAGGAGGCCGCCCAAAUGGACCAAGAGGAUCCGGUUAAAACCUGGGACCAUUUAAUCAUGCCCCUUAGCUUCCCUGGUCUUGAUUUUGAGCAGAUGUCGAUAGAGAGAAGCCACACCGCCCCAGAAAAGACCAGUUUCCGCAUCUACUACAGCCCCCCUUCGGCCCGCAGAGUCCACCUGGCUCAGCUAAAGCAAAGCCCCACUGCUGACAGGAGGUCCGUGGACACCUCCUCCCCCUGGUGCACACCUCCCACCUCCUUCUCUCAGCUCUGUCUGGGCUCCUCUGCUAACUUGAGUGAUGACAUGAAGGAGAUGACAGCCAGUUGGAGGCAAACAGUUCACAGCAUUCCCUCGGAGAAGAAAGGGAGAUUAGCAAACCGCUGGGUGGAUGUAGCCUGCUCAGGUACUCAGACCCAUACAAGGCCACAGAUGGUGAGUGUUGGACAGCAGACAGAUGAAACUCAGGGGUUGAUCCCAGUGAGAAACAGCCCAUCCAGAAUCCUGAGCCCCUCCCUGGUCUCUGCUCGCUCCCAGCACAUCUCCACCUCACUAGAUGGGUUAGCAGGUCGAGUCGAGAGGCCCCGGACCUCCACCUCCUCCCCCAAACUGUACCGCAGAAACUCCUCCUCUCUCUCUUCAUCCCCCAGUUUGAGCCCCUCUUCAUCGUCUUCCAGCUCCAGGGAUCGGGGGCUGUGGAACCUGUCCCAGCAGAGCUCAAACUCACCCACAUGGACUCGACAAACCAGUCCCAGAUCAGGAGCAGCCCAGAACCUGAACUCCGUCACCAAGCCCCCUAAUAGAUCCAGUGCCAACCGGUGUGGUUUGGUGACGGAGUUCCUGCGCAGGGUGAGCGGCCGAGUGGACAAAGCCGCUCCAGUGUCAGGCCAGAAGACAAAGGGCAGCCUGAAGAACAUGGAGCGAGCUCCAACCAGACCUCAGGGCGUCCCGCUGCACAGGAACGACAGCGUGACCAGGAUCGUCAACCAGAGGUUCAUAAAGCAGAGAGAGGAGGCGACUCGCACCCAGAGGGAGGAGAAGGGGGUCAACCUGAGCCAGAGAGUCAGAAACAGCCAGAGUACAGCCACAACAGAGGAUGGAAACUAUGACUGCAGCUCCAGCAGCACUCUGACCUUCUGCUUCGCUCGUCCAUCUCGUCAAAGCCAGAGACGCACAUCCGUCCCCACCAGACUCCAGCGACAACGAUACUCAGCGCCGGUGAACGCCGCUGCAGACUCCAGCUGUGGCUAAGAAGGGAAAAAAUUGUGCUUUUGCACUUAAAAAAUGCCAUAGAUAAGAACUACGUAGGAGUAUUUUUUAAAUAGUUUUUUGUGGGGCUCUUUUUAAAUGUAGAAGUUUUAUGUUAAGUGUGUAGAAGAGCUCUGAGCAAAACCAAUUCUGUUGAUGCAAUCUAAGUGCUCAUCUCUUUCUAAAGAUGAUUGUAUUUCCCUUGCUUUUUAUUAUGAUUUGUAUUAUCCUCAAUGAUAUUAAAUAAACUUUUC